AUGUCAUCAGUAAAGUUUGAUGGUUCCAACUUUGGUCUCCAGGUUGCGAACAACAACGGUGGGAUCACCGCUCAGCUUCAUGUUCCACCGGAACGGCCCGAAACACCGCCCCAUCCACUCUCUACCGUUCCGUUCCGUCGCGAUCCAGACUUUGUUGAUCGCGGCACACUUCUCGACCAGAUCCGUGAAAAGUGCUCCGCUCCUGCUUCUCGAAUCGCGCUUGUCGGCCUCGGUGGCGUUGGGAAAUCGCAACUUGCCAUCGAAUACUGUUACCGAGUCCGCGAGAAUUUCCCGAGCACGUGGGUCUUCUGGGUACACACGAGUAAUGCUGCUCGAUUCGAGCAGGGCUUCCAGGAAAUUGCCGACCGUGUCAGAAUCCCCGGUCGCAAAGAUCCCAAGGCCAAUAUCUUCCAGCUUGUUGGGGGCUGGCUCAACGAUGAGAAGAGGGCCAAAUGGACUCUUGUCCUAGACAAUGUCGAUGACGAUGAGUUUCUGAACAAGGCUGCUCCUAGUGACUCAGGUAGUACAACUGGAAAAGUACUUUUGGAGUAUAUUCCUCAGAGCCCCCAUGGUUCCAUCAUCAUCACCAGUCGCAGCGCAGCGGUGGCGGCGCGGAUUGUUGAGCCAAGGGAUAUCAUCACGAUUGCACCGAUGCACAAGACGGAUGCGCGACUGCUCUUUCAGAAGAAGCUUGAUGUUCGAGAGGACUGUACUGGUGAUGAGGUGGAUGAGCUUAUGGCCGCCCUGGAGUACAUGCCGCUUGCGAUCGUGCAAGCCGCAAGCUACAUCAGAUACCGCUUGCCACGCUUUUCAGUGUCACAUUAUUUGCAACUAUUCCAGAAGAGUGAUCGCAAGAAAUUGAGUCUUUUGGAUCACGAAGGGGGCCACCUUCGUCGAGACCAAGAAGCGCAUAACUCGAUCAUGAUCACAUGGCAGAUAACCUUCGAUCACCUGCGGCGAGCCAGGCCUUCGGCAGCAGACCUGUUGUCACUGAUGAGCUUUUUUGACAGACAGGGGAUUCCUGAAGCCUUACUCCGACAUCAAGAAGACGAAGACAACCAUAAGCUAGAUCUACGGGAGAAGGGCCUGGCAAACCUGAGUGAUGAAGAUAGUACAUCCAGUCACGAUGACCAAUUCGACGUCGAUGUCCUGACAUUGAGAGACUAUUCGUUCAUCUCCAUAACAGGAGUAGAUGUUUUCGAGAUGCAUCGGCUGGUACAACUUGCAACACUCAAGUGGCUUGAAAUCCAAGGACAGUUUCAGAAGUGGAGGGAACGUUUCAUCGAUAUUCUCAGCAAUGCCUCACCAACAAGUGAUUACGAGAACUGGGGGACUUUGCAGAUAUUUCUUCCGCAUAUACGAAUGGCCGCAACUCAACCACCCGGCGUUGUGCACGCACAGGCUGCGGAAUGGGAAGAGGCUGAGUUCUGUAUGUCGAGAGUAAAGGAUAUCCAGGAGAGAAAAUUAGGCCGCGAACACCGUGAGACCCUGAGCACCACAGCCGACCUCGCCAAUAUAUACCUGAGCCAGGAUCGAUGCGAGGAAGCUGAAAGACUACAACUUCAGGUGCUGAAUACCUGCAAGACCGCACUAGGCCCUAGACAUCGAAUUACGUUAACCAGCAUGGACUAUCUCUCGCGCAUAUAUCAAAACAAAAAGCAAUGGAGAGAAGCCGAAGAGAUUCAAGUACAAAUAACGGAGGCGAACAUCGCAAUUUCAGGCCCCGAGCAUCCUGCAACGUUGCAGAGCAUGGGUCAACUUUCUCCGAUCUACCAGCAACAAGGCCGCUUGAAAGAGGCCGCACAGCUGGGUAGACAUAUUGUGGAGAGUUCCAAGAGAGAACUAGGAGCUGAAGAUUUUGAGACAUUGAUGGGCAUGCAACACCUCGCAACCGCAUGCGGGCAACAGGGUCAAUGGGAAGAAGCCAAAGAGCUCCACACACAAGUAUUGUACAGCCAGUUGAAAUUGCUGAGCCCCGAGCAUCCUUUAAUAGACCAGCAUGAGCAACCUUGCAUUUUGGAUGCGUCGGACGCACUGGUAGAAUGGCAAACCGAGACAUGCCCAUCGAGACCCGGAGAAGAAGAGGUCUCUACCGAAACCGGCAUGCUAUCCCAGCAGGAAGCAUAA